UUCGCUCGCCAGGUGCGAUUGGUGUGUACUUCAGUAAGCAAGCGACAGUCAAGAACGAGUGUCGUUUCCUGAAUAUGACCAUACAUACAGUGACACAUGACUCACUGUUACGCCGGGUCGUGCAUGUUUAAUGGAGUAAACCGUCCCGACACCGACUGCACACCUGAGAUUUUCACCUGUUGAGAGUAUACCUGCUCGGGACAUUGUUAACACGAACAUCAACAAAGACCAACACUUGCAUCAGACUCCGCAUCACCAUGUAGAGGCGUCACAUCACCAUGGCAACCAUGCGCCAUUCCGUGUAUCUCCAUGUGCUCUCUACCUUCAACAUCAUCCUCAUUGGACUAGCGACCAAUGGAAGCACAUUCUGCGAACACGUGCGCUGUGAGAACAACAACCCUUGCAGAACCAUCUUCUCCAACGGCAAGGGCGACAGCCACGUGUCUGCCGAAUGUGUGUGUCACGGAAAGUGGGCGGGGACACUAUGCGAGUCACAGAUCCACGUGACUCCUGGCGUCGUCACGUCCUCCAGUGCCGAGGUCGUCAUCAGCUUCAAAAGUCCUCACACAAACACUGUCCAUCCCAAUGAAAAUAGCUUCUCUUACACACUCAUGUAUUGGAACAACAGCACAGAUCACGCAUGCGCAUUGCUACAGGAACUGACGUCACAGUCCCAUCACGUCGUCGGUUUGGAACCAAGCACAGAUUAUACUAUAUGUGUUGAAAGUGGGAUAGUGGAAACGUGUUUCUUGACGUACCACAACGACACGACUUUAUCCACAAACUGUCUGGUUGUUACGACGGGGGAAAUUCCUAGUCAUUCACAUUCCAACAAUGCAGCCGCCAUUGCUGCCAGUAUUCUCAUCGUCGUUGUCGUACUAGCAAUACUUUUCGCUGCAAUCAUUUUGAGAAGAAGACAUUUUUUGUUAGUCGACAAUUUGUGUGGAUUGUGUCGAUGUGCAUGCUGUAGAAAGAAACGGCCACGAGAGACGAUGGCAGCGACUGACCUGAUUGUCUCCCCAGAUUCUCCCUUAAUGGAGACCUCGACAAAAUUAGACUUUGCUCCUUCGAGCCCCGGGAAACCGAAACAUCGGUUGUUAAAACAGCGGACGAGGGGAUAUGCUGCAUAUUCAACGAAAAAUGAAAAGAAAAUAGUUCUGACAACUGUGUUAGAGUAUAAUCAAGAUGGUGAGCUGUUAGAGACUGAUCCACUGUCACAUAUUACUUGAUGCAGUGUUUGUGUAGUGACGAUGUUCCUUAUCAACCCUGGUGCUUCUGAACAACUUGGGGAUUCGAUGGCCCAGCACUCUUAAACAAGAGUUAUGUCCCUUCGGCGUGUCAGAAUCAUAUGCUCGUGGGUUCGAAUCCCGCUUCGCUCAGAUUAUGUUUCUUGGUCUGUCAGCAACAGACUCGUGACUUGGAUUUCAUCAAAGUGGUGAUAACUAAGAUCUGCAUUUGUUCAGGAUAUCCCCCUACAUAAGCGGACACACAGUGCUAUGACUGGGAUGCUGUUUAUAGGGGCGGUGGGGUAGCCUAGGGGUUAAAGCGUUCGCCCGUCACGCCGAUGACCCGGGUUCGAUUCGCCACAUGGGCACAAUGUGUGAAGCCCAUUUCCCGCCGUGAUAUUGCUGGAAUAUUGCUAAAAGCGGCGUAAAACUAAACUCAUUCACUCAAAGGGGCAUUUUAAACCAUGACCCAACUUGCUCAAUGUACACAAGAUGCUUGUUUCAUCUGUCUCACAAUGGGAUAACUAUCAUGUAAAGUAUUUGCACUGUCACAUAAAAUAAUAAAAAUGUGCUCAACUGUA